UAGAACCUGCAGUCAAGGUUCUUUGACAGAGGUUUUUUUUUGUUUUCUCACUUAAAAUCUUGAUGUUGUUAGUAAAUCUUUUUAAUUUUAGGAUCUAUUUUAUAUAGGCUUUAUAUUUGCUGUCAGAGUAAGGUUAAGAAAAUGCUGUGUGGAUGAAGUGCGACUCAAGGCUGAGCGAUAAAUCGACCACUGCCACUUUCGGUAACUCCCACUAGUCGCUUGGCUGCUAUUUCCUGCAACGAUGUGAGACUGAGAAGAAGAGCAGAGAGGAAAAACUUCGAUCAGUUGAAUUGAAUUGUAAAUCUGCGUAUUUUAGGUGGUCCACGGAGUAUGAAGUGAGGAGAAAUGAAGGAUCGACUGUGUGACCUGAAUAGUAUUACAGCUAAAAACACCCAAGAGGAGGCUCCUGUAGAGAACAAGGAGAACGCAGAAAAUGGGGAGCUGGAGCUGCAUACCGUGGUGUUUGAGGGUGAGGACAUCAUGGACGAUGUGUUUAAGGAGGCCCAGUCUAUGCACAAAAAAAUAGCUCACCUCAGACAGGAGGUGAAGAGGCUGGGUAAGCAGAACACCCGUUUUCUCACCUCAGUCAGACGCAUCAGCAGCAUCAAGCGGGACUCCAAUGCCAUUGCACGCAACAUCAAAGCUGAAGGAGAGAAGCUGUAUGCGAGGCUUCAGCAGAUGGAGGCACAAUGCAAAGAGCUGGAGGAGAAACACGGAGCCCAAUCUGCGUUAGCCCGCAUGGUGCGCACCCAGUACAACUCUUUAACCAGAGCCUUCCAUGAUGCAAUGUCUGAGUAUAAUGAGGCUGAGAUGGCACAAAGGGAAAACUGCAAGAUACGCAUCCAGCGGCAGACAGAGAUCAUGGGCAAGGAGGUGACUGGGGAUCAGAUAGAAGAAAUGAUUGAGACUGGUAAGUGGAAUGUGUUCUCGGAUGACCUUGUCACUGAUGAGCGAACCUUCCGCUCGGCACUCAGCGAGAUCGAGAACCGCCACAAGGAGCUUCUAGAGCUGGAGAGCCGUAUUCGGGACAUUCAUGAUCUCUUUUUCCAGUUGGCUCUGCUGGUAGAGCAGCAAGGGGCUAUGGUGGAUAAUAUUGAGGCUAAUGUGUGUGCAACAGAAGAAUUUAUAGGCAAGGCUACAGUUGAGAUCAAGAAGGCUGUGAAAUAUAAGAAGAAGAACCCAUGUAGGCAGCUCUUUUGUUGUUGUUUCCCAUGUUGCAAUAAGUGAAGUAUAACAUGUUUUACUGCCUUCUCAUGCCACGCCUAAUUCAAAAUACCAGGUUAGUUUAACAAAUAUUUAGUGGAUUGAUAUAGGACUGUAUUUGUAUAGUAUUUUAAUUGACCUGUCUUUGGUGGAGCUGCAUGUGGUUUUUGCACAAUGAUCAUGUGAUUAACAUCCAGACACAUUUCACAAGAAGUGUUUUAUAUAGUUUUUUCAUAUCAGGCUUAAAUAGAAUAAUGCACAGUUGCCUGAACAGGCUGUAACAUGCCGAGACAAAAACUAGUGACUUGUAAAUAACUAGAUCAGCAAUAAAUGAAAACAGCACUGCUUAUUAUACAAGUGGAAUACUUGUAUUGUUUCUGCUCUGUGUUUAAACAUUAAUAUGAUACCUGUCCUGAAGUGAAUUGUGAUAGAUUAUUUAUGUUUUAAAGUUAAGAUGUAUGAUAACUGCAAAGUAAAAAAAAAAGAGGUGUUAUAUUUAAGUGGGUACAUAAACUUUAUUGAUGUAUAUUGUUUUCAUAAUUAAAUAAAUAAUUUUAUCUUUGG